AUGUUCUUGUUUGAAGCACUUGCUGGUGUUUUUGUGCCUUGUGAUGUUUUUGCGCCUGAUAGUGUUUUUGCACCUAGUGAUAUUUUUGUACCUAGUAGUAUUUUCGCACUUGGUGAUGUUUUGCGUCUAGUGGCAAAAUCAUUAUAA